CCCAAAUCCUAGACUAGACAAUUGCACUGCCCACAAAACUAAUCGUGACAUAUUUAACAACAAAGUCUCUAUGUACCAACUGAUGGAUACCGAUGUGAAACCAGUCUAUGGUAGACCAAUCUAUUUUAAGACCGGUAAACAGUUUAUCAAAAUUGCUGUCAGUGAAACAAAGACAGGAGAAGGUGAAACAGGCAGAAACAUCUACAUAGCAUCAGAUGAGGGAGAAAUACAUGAUAUACUAAUGAAAACAUUCGAGACAGGUUCACCAUCGUUCCACUUGGAGCAUCCAUCAACCAUAUAUCGUCCUUUUACUGACAAGGAAAACAGGAAUUAUGCUAUAUGGAAUAUGAAAUUUGUUAAUAAUUCAUUAGUGUUGGGAACAGACUUUAAUGUUACAUAUUUUAACAUAGACAAUAUUUGUUCAAAGAUAAGGGAUAUAAAUGUGUGCAUAACAAAUACAAGAUGUAAAUGGGCCAAAGGUGAUAGUUGUCAAUACUGUAUGAAAGCAAAUGACACAACAUCGUGUGAAACUCUUGACUGGUAUAAUGUAAAAAGGAACGGUGCCAUAAACUCCAUUAAUGAAGAAAUAGUAAUAAGAGACGAAGUAUCAUUAGACACUGUGGCAGCAGGCUUGUAUGUUACAGUACCUUUUCAAGCAAAGAUAUUUACUGACAGUCAAAGUAUAAUAUGGUAUCAAAAUGUUCAAUGCGACGGCAGAAACAUACUGCAAGAGUAUCCAGAAAAAUAUGCCAUUUCUUUAUCCAAUGAAUUAAUUAUAAAAAAUGUAAGUAAGGUGGUGGAUGAUAAGCAACAUUAUUCCGUGUGCUACCAGGGCCAGGGCCAGACAGGCUUAAAAUUAGAGGGAUACAAAAUAAGUGUUAGUGAAGGACAGGAAGAUAUUAUUGAGGUAUGGAAACAACAGUUUAAUGAUUGGUCAUCAGCUUUUGUAAAAUGGAAAGGAUGUGCCAACUCUUAUUAUGAAACGUGUCAAGCUGGAAAUGGAUAAUGCAAGUAUAACCAAAGGAUACUAAAAUUCCAACAUUGCCGUUCUCUCUAUAUGUAGUUUAUCUGUUUUAAACAGUCACCUUUCCAACAUGAAGCGGACCUUCCAAGGUCACAUAUGUUUGUCAGGCUGGUUGUUAUGUCUUAACAAUAGAGAUAUUCGGGAAUUCAGCAAAUGUGGGUUUUUCCAAUGUAACCCUUGGGUACUAACAAACAUUUACAGUCUAAUCUUAGUAAAUAUAUCAGUAAUAAGCGCAACAUGUCGAUCACUCUAUGGGGGGCGUCCGUGGCCAAGUGGUUAAGGUUAUUGACUUUAAACCUCUUGCCCCUAACCGCUGAGGUUUGGAAUCCCGACAGGGACUUUGGAUUCUUUCAUGUGAGGAUGCUAUCCAGCUAGCUUACAGAAUGUCAGUGGUUCUAGUCAGGUGUCUGUUUGUGCCUGACAUAACGCACAGAAGGGCACCUGAGGUCUUCCUCCACUGUUAAAGCUGGAACGCCAUAUGACGUAUACUGUGUCGGUGUGACGUAAAACCCAAUCAAACAAAAGUUGAUCACUCUAUUGUGAACUGAACACCAUAAGGAAAUAAUGAUAAAAAUUUGUUUACACCCCAGGAUUAGAUGGGAAACGCACAUUUGCCAAGUUCCAGAUUAACAUCUUUAUCAUUACAUUGCAUUGUCCUAUAAUUAUUUAUUCUAUGUUAUCACGGCUAAUGUUUUAUUGUAUCUAUGAGUAUGCUGAAAAAAGGCAUGCAAUUUUUUGUCAGGUGUUCGAAAAAAGCCACAAAGGAAAUUAAAUUGAAUCUAUGUCACAAUGAUGAAUUUUGACUUAAAGGGACUCCAUUGUGGUUUUCUUAAACCCCUUUCACACUAGGGUGGCGUUCUCGCGUGCAAACACUGUUAAAGCCCAGUCUAGUGUGAUAGGGCCUUUACAUGAAGGGGACUGGAAAUAUUUCUUUAAAGAUUUGCUUACCAUUUAGAAAGGGUUGGACCAAUACUUUGUUUGCAAAAUUUCAGAUCAUUCACUCACUGCUAAAUAAUCAUUUUUAUUGGGCAAAAUGACUCUAAUGCAAAAAGCGUUUAAAAAUAAAAAGUGUUAAAAUGCAAUUUAACACAAAUUGGGCUUAAUAAUGCACUAAAUUUAAUUUUCGGUUCCAUUCCUUGUUCAUAGCAUUCUUAUUGUUUGCGUGUUUUUGUUGUUAAAUGUCCCAGUUUAUGUAUGUAAGAAUUCCAAAUUUAACGCUUUUAGGGUUUUGGUUCUCAGUGGAGCUACUUUAAAAUUGCAUUUAAGAAUUAUAAUUUAUGAACUGUCACUGUUAAAGUUAAUUGUAAUUAUAAAUAUAGCUGUUUGUUUAAUAUUGCCUUAAAACAUAAAUUCUGAUUUCUUUCACAGUAAAUAUUAGUUUUCUUUGAAUUGGAAGAAAUUUUUAGAUCAGUUUUGCUUUUUUUUAAAUAUAUAUUUUUUGCACCUUUGGUUUUAUACAGUAUGGGCAUUCAGAGCAUUUAGAAAAAUACUUUUUCAUCAAGAUAUUCACCAUUAUGAAGAUAAUAUCUUUCAGUUUUAUUUUAUCCACAAGCAUGACAUAUAUAUAUAACAAUAGAAGUCUGUUCUUUACAGUAAGACGUAUUUUUUAGCUCAUCUGUUUUGUAGAAAAGUCAAGCUUAUAUAAAUGAUGGCUGCAUCAUCAUCUUUGUCAUAGUGCAAAAACUGAAAUUUUGAAAGCAGUAUUUUUUGAGUUAUGCCUCUUUUUUAAUCAUUUUUUUUAGAGACAAACAUUAACCCCGCAUGUUGUGCUCUUGUUAUUUAAGAACGUUGGAUUUUUUAUUUUACUUAAGUUUAAUAGUACAUAAUCAAGUCUUCAAAAUAAUAAUGUAGUACUCAUAUGCACUAAUUCCAUUUGAUAAAUUUGGCAUUGCUUAUUUGUGUUCAAUUAAAUAUUAUUACCAUCUUUUUUUCUUGCCACUUUAAAACCUUUACUAUUUAUGAACAUGUGAUAUUUUAACAGCACUUUGUACACUCUAAACUCAUUUUUUUUUGUCAUCAAUUUGAAUUUGAACCAAUUUUUGUAUUACAUUGUUAAGUAUAUUCAUGUCAAGUAUCUAUCAACAUUUCUUGCCACUAAAUUCCCUUAACACAAACAUUUGGUAAAGUUGUCCUACAAAAGUGGCAACAUAGUAGACAAAUAAAGAGACAGCUGAUUGGUGGAUGAUUUUUGGUAAGAAACUAUUUACCUUUAUCAACUGUAUGCAUCUACCAUCUUACUACUCAUAUUAUUGAUAUAAUAGACAAUAUUAGCAUCAUUUUUAACUUCUUUUUUUUUUAAUAGUAGAAAUUGAAAAAAUAUAUAGUUUCUAAUUUCCUAUUAUAGAAAAAAUGACAUUAAAUUAAAAAAAAAAAGUGCAGAUGUUUAUUUUUAUUUGCAUUUUAAAAUAAAGGCAUUUGUUAAAUAUAAAGACUAAUUAUAAAGUGUAAUUCACAAUGUGUUCAAUUACUAAUCUGAUAUUUGUUUCCUUAACAAUUAGCAAACAUUAGCGUAACUAAAACAUUACAGAAUUAACAAUUUACAUGAAAAAAUAUUUAUAUAUGUAUUUUAUAAUUUGAAAAGUUUUUGACUUAUGUGUGCAUGUAAUGACAGAUCAGAAUUGUGAAGUGUUUGAUUAAAAGCAGCUUUAGGUUCUUUGUCUGUCUAGAGCAAGGUCACUCUGUACACCCAUCAUCCCUGCUGUCUAACAACGCUCUAUUCUGUUGCUGUUUAAUUUUAGCCUUAUAGUUUGAAAUUUCAUAAAUUAGCAAUGAAAUGUUGCUAAUGUCCAUUAUACAAAUUUGCACACAUUAUUGUAAUUAUUACUUAUGGAUAAAAUUAUAUUGUAUAUACUUCUAUAUUUAUUGUGCAAUAUCGUGUUUUAAUCUGUAAUUAUUAUGAUGAAUGACUUUAGUUUAGAGUGCUGUAAUAGUUAAUUCACUAUUGAGACAAAGGCAAUGUGUCACAUUAGCAUGAUAUAACUCAUGUGAUUGGUAGACAUAACUGUACCAAAAAUGUCACACCAGUUUACUAUUUAUAGUAUUUCACUUAGAAUUUUACAUUUAUAAGUGUGAUAUUAUUGUAAAUCUAAUGUUAAAUUGCGACACUUUAUAGUGUGACAUUAAACAAGAGAAAAGGAGAGGAGGGACAUUAAAAGGAUGCUGACAGAGUACAUAAAAUUGCAACACCCUUAGAAAUUGUGACACUGUAAGAAAUUGUGACAUGUUUAAACAUUGUGACACUGUAAGAAAUUGUGACACCAUUAGAAAAUUGUGACACCAUAAGAAAUUCUGACACAAUUAAAAAUUGUGACACCAUAAAAAAUUGUGACACCAUUAGAAAUUGUCACGCUGUUAGAAAAGUGUGACACCAUUAGAAAAUUGUGACACUGUUAGAAAUUGUGACACCAUUAGAAAAUUGUGACACUACUUUAUGAGUCAUUUUACCAGGAUAGUGUGCUAUAACUAUACAUUAUUAUAAAUGAUUGUGUUUCCAUGUUCACAUGUAUGAAAUAGAUUGUGAAGCAGACUGAGGUUAUCAUUACUAUGUAAUGAUUUGUACAAAGUUACAGUGAUAAGGUCGUGCUGCCAUAAGUAAGAUAGGGAAAUAAGUGACUUAACUUGUGAAUAAGCAGGAUUUAAUGGUUCAAAACAAUAGUGAUGAUUGUUGCUGAAGUCUUCAAUAUGUGUUUUUAGGAAAAGCAACAAUAUGCUUGUAGGAAAGCACAGUGCGUGAACAUUUAAAGUACAUUGUAUAAACAAAUGUUACAGGAGUGUUGUAAAAUGAUGAUAGCAUCAACAGCUGGUAUUAUUCCUUUGAUUGCUUGUUACAGUUACUGAAACUGUUACACAAUUUAGAAAGUAAAGAACAUACAAGGUUAAAAGUUCUUGCCUGUAAUUGUAUGGUGCAAAUGUUUUACAUUUUUUGUGGAUGUUGUAUGAUAUAAUUAAAUAUUUUUCAAAUUGUUUUCACUGUCAUUUUCUUAUGUAUAAAAGUAUUUACAAU